AUACAUGUACCGGUACGAUGUUGGUACGUGUUACUACAAUAAUCACUCCACCCAAAAAGAUGACCCCAGCCAGACCCACACAGGCAACAACAUCGAAGUGGAAGCUCUGCGUACCGUACCAUCAGCGGCCAAGAAUAGAUACGUAGUUUAGCAGCAUAAGUUUCGGAUUUCGACUAUAGGAUCCAUCAGCUAGCUACCGGUAGAUCAAGAUGGUGCGUGGAAACUGGCAGAAACGGGUCGAAACUGCCGAUGCACGGCGCAAAGAGGCCAAGCAGCGAAAACAUCGGUCCGAGGAGAAACGAAUCUUCAAGGGACAGGCACAGGAAAUGUUAGCACUUUUGGAUCGGCAGAUGGACGCUAUACGACGAAGCUCGUCUGCUUCGGAAGGCGGAAGUUCAACGAGUUGCUGCUGGAAACUCCAUCUUUGGGUAGAUUCAUUGCCCUCCGAGAGUCCUCCAUUUCUGGACAGCAUGAUGAUGGAAGAAGACGAGGGUGGUACAGGCAAAUCCAACCGACGAGCCCGAUCUUCCUCCAUUGAAGACAGCAAUGCAGCAACCAACAAGGGAAAAAAGAAAGGAAGAGGUCGCUCGGGAUCCUUUCAACAAGAUGGCAAGAAAGUUCAUCCCCGAAGCAAGGAGGCAGAAACUGAGAAAGAAGAAUCCAGAUCGGCUGGACCUGUGCUUUGCAGAUCUCAAUUCUUUCAUGGGAAAUGUCUGAACGUGCAAAAACCUGGAAAGAAAGGAGGUUGUCGAUGUGCUCACUACAACAACAAGCAGUUAAAGACCUUGGCAGCUGUCUUGGUCGACAAUAAACAAAAGGGAGGACCCAAGACAGAGAAGGACGCAAUAGCACAAGCCGAAGAGGCCUGCGAAGCAAAUACCCCCCAAGAAAUCACGGAGUCUGACCCUGGAGGAAUGGAAGUGGUGUAUUACUUGUUACUUCCAAUACCCUCCAACAUUGGAACGGUUGUCGAAGACGGCGAUGAGUCUUCCCGAAACACAAUCAGCGACCUCACCACGGAAAAGCUUGCUUCCAACCAAAUUGGCAUUGGAAGCAUUGUAUACUUGGCAAUAUCGUCUCCAUCUCGAAAUAUCUUGCUAUACGAUCGAAAUAGAGAAGGGCUGGUCAUUCAAGAAUUUACGGUGGACGUCUUGGGGUCGUCUGGCGACGGAUCUACUGGAGAAUCUAUUGAGGCUGAUGACAAGCUGAAUGCUGAACAUUUGCCAGUGUCCAUCCUGGAACACAUAUUUCAAUAUCUAGAGGCUCCAGCCGUUGCAUCAGCAGCACAAGUGUGCACAUCUUGGCACAGAGAAAUUCGACAUGCAUCGCCUAAUCUUUGGAGACACCUACUGAAUCAGAGAGAUUGGCCAUUCCCGUUGGAUGCGUUGGAGGGUCACCUGAUCGACGGGAGCUUGCAGGAUCAGGAACAAGCUGCAAGUGCCUCUGGUAUUCUACGAGAUGAAUUCAUCAAACACUACUCAGUCCUCCGAGAUAUGAAAGCUCUCCAACAAGCCAUGACAGGCCUCUUGACUAGAAGACCAACAGAAGAGCGUGAGAUGUCCUUUCAGGCAUUCUCAACCAGAAGAGGAGCGCCUCAAGCCCCCAACAACUGUGUCACCGUGGAGAUAUGGGGACCCAACCAGGUCCUUGCUGCCUACUCGAACGACUGUACUUUGCGGCUCUUUCAGGCGGUUCCUCGGAACAUUUCCGCAGCAGGGCACAGCAGCCAACAAGAAAAAUCUUGCCGCGAGCUGGUGUGUCACAGUAUAGAUCCCUACUCCCAUACAAAGAAGAAGAGCUGUUUCAUGGAAGCAAUGGGCUUGGACGAAGACGUUGUUGGUUGCUUGUGCAGCGUUUCGGAUGAUUCAUGUGACACCAAGACUCCGCACAUCUUGGUCAUUCUGAGCCGUGAUGAUCUCCUCGUGGUUGACGCCAGCAGUGACACUGCAGGGCGUACUUCGGACGAGCCGGAAUCACUGAGAGUGAUUGAUGUGGAAGAGGCCGUCUUGAACUACGUCCUCAGUUUGGACCACGUAGAUCAUCGGUUGCUGCGCCUUCAUGACUUCCUAGCACUGGGAGGCGAUUCGGAUGAAGUGGAGUUCAUUGUUUCGCAGAGUAUGGCCGCGUGUGGCUAUGGUCGGUUCAUGGUUGAGGUGGCAAUCAGCAUUCCCAUGAACGCGGACGAUGAAAAUGAUAACGACGACGACAACCUUGGAGAUGGCGUGUUACUACUUGACAGAAAGCUAUUCUUGUUCUCUUCAAGUGUUGGUGCUAUUGUUUGGAUGGGAGAUAGCAAUCCACCGAAUGUUCCGUUGCCGCCGAGACUUGAGGACAUGACUUUGGCAUGCAUCCGGAGGGCCAUACCUGGGGGCGGUACCCGUAGCUCCUGCACCGUCGCUGCCGUGUCGCAUGCACUUGCACCGCUUGUCAUGAGCUGUGAAAUCGAUCAUAGCGGCCACAUUGAGGGAAAUUUUCCGCUUGGUUCUGUGGAAUGGAGUCAGACAGAAGUGGCAUUGGAGGAAGGCUGGAAUUCAAGGUCGGAAGGCAAAAGACCCAUCCUUGUGACGCCUACGGAUGUUGUAGUCGGCGAUAGUCUCACCAGGCAGUUGGAUGGAGCUGCCAAUAGGGAAUACAAGUCUACAAUCACAUUUUACUCUCGAUUCCCCGAUGCGCUUCAAGAUGGAAUGGAUCCGAUAUCAAAGCUGAUGGUUGGAGAGAACUGCAUCAUUGACCGAAUGGCAGCCUUCCGAGAUGAUUACGUAGUGAUGUUGGUUCGUUUCUUCACGGAAACUGGCUUUGCUGCAGUUGAUGGUGGCGGCGGGCAUUGGGGAGGCGAAAAUCGAGUGGCCAGAGUCUACGCACUGACGAUCCACGUUCCCAGCCGACGCGAGAUUGAACGCUUGUGUCUGUACGAAGAUUUUGGACUAAACAAGCUGAACCUGGUUGUCAGUGACGAUACUGUUGCGUGUGGCGCAUGGUUGAAAGGGCUGAUCAUGACUGGCGCUGAUGUACGGUCGGUAAGGCCAACCAGUAAUUCUGUCCUUGUCAUGGAUGAAGCAUCGACGCCGAAAUCGGCAAAGAAGAAGGGCAAGCAUAAGCGUCAGUCCAAAGGAAGUGGCAAAAAAGACGGAUUCGCUCGAGGCAUGAGUCUCCGUGGAUAAGUUUCUUGCCCCCAAUGUCAUCCUUGCGGAUUCAGCCACGACUAGAAGCGGAUAUGACAUGCACGGUUGUUUGGCAAUGACGAGUCAACAGCAUGAGGAAGUUAUAGCUCGAGACAGUGAUUAUUACUAGCUAGCUAGUGAAUAGGAAUAGACUAGCGUGUUGUUCUCUUU